AUGUCUCACGAACCACUGGAUACAAGCUUCCAGGUCAGGCACCGCGAUUACUUCAUCGAAGGAAGAAUGUUCGCAAUUCUUUUCGCCGAAGCAGCUGGCUCAAAUGCUGUGACUGACUACAAUACCGACCUGUCCCUUCUCACCCGAGUAAAACACGGCGAAUUAGUACGCGCUCAAGUAAGACGAUUCAUCGUCGUGAAACGCAAAAGAGAAUUCUGUUAUGCUGUUCCGGUUUUCACCUAUGGCAAUCGCGCCACUACAAAGCCAGGUGUGAGGCCAGACGAACAUGCAAUCGCUUACUCGUACGGCUAUAAUCCAUGUUUAGUUCCUGGGGAGAUAGAACUCCAGAAAUAUCCUAUCGCGAUUGUUAACAAUAGUGAAAAGCCGUUAUCAGUAGCUUCUAGGAUUUACUUUGGCAUCCAUCAUCCUAUUCAGUAUAAUGUCAAAGCCAAAGAUUUGGGCUACGUACACCCGGACUUCAUGGCUACAUUCUCCGGAUACUGGAAGAUGGAGAGUGGGCAUGCCCCUGAACAAGGUCUCGAGGUGACCUAUGAUCCGACCAAUCACGAUACCAACUAA